UAGAAAAGGAGGAAAAAAUGGAAGAAGGGAGAGCAAGAAAGAUUAUGGUGGUCCUUGAGGAUAGUGAGAAUGGCAUCUAUGUCUUGAAAUGGGCAUUGAACUACCUUGUCCCUCCACCGUCCGAUCUUGCCAUCGGACCCGAUCACUUCAUGAUUCUCUAUUUGUCCCCACAAGCUCUAUCGAAGACGAUGAACAUCAAAGAAGCUUACUUCGAUUGUGUGAAGCGCAUCUGUGAAAAUCACAAUGUCACAUAUGAAAUGAAGGCAAUGGUGGGAGAAGCAAAGUUAGUUAUAUGUGAGGCAGCUAAGAAGCUAGAGGUGGACCUUUUGGUCAUUGGGAAUCAUGACUAUGGACGGUUGAAAAGCAUUAAAAAUGCAUUUUAACAAGUUUUUUCUCCCAAUUAAGUACAAUAGAUUGUGGUCCACCUAUGAUUUGUGGUGAUGCUGAGUUUGAUGAAUGGUUCGGAUUUUGAAUAGGGGCAUAUAUAAGCACGUGUCAGAGGUGGUCAAUCAACAGCUUGAUGGGUGCAUUUAGCAAAAAUAUAAGGGACCAACUUCCCUAAAAGUGCACACUAUCUCCAGAUUUAAUGAAAAAUGCCAAGUGGGUGGCAGCCAAACACCCCCUUAAAUAUUUCUUAUUUCUAAAGU